AUGAAGACCAGUGAAAACCUUGAACAGGUCGACCGGGAAACGCAGACUGUUCUCCUAAAUUGUCCAAUCAGUAUUGGAGCGAACGAGACCGGGGACGGAGUCGACCAGCGCUGCCCAGUAGUAGAAGCGCAGGCAUUGCCAAUGAAGCGACAGGCAGGUGCAGGGCAGCUGAUUGUUCAGUCGAAGCCAAUCUUCAUGGAUAUUUUCGGUGAUGAUGAUAACAGCGACGACCAGGACUACGUACUGGCGACUCACAGACAAAAGGUUGCAGUCCAACGAGUUCUCAGUCAAAGAGAUGGUGAUCACUAUGGGAUCCUUGGUAUACGAGACGGUAGUUCCGACGCACUUAUCCUUCAUGGAUUUACGGAAACAGGAAAAGAAGUUCACCCGUAUUUUAACCCAGAUGACAAGGCCCCUGACGCAUACCGACGUGUCGUAAGGGCGGCUAAAGCGUUGGGGGUGUCAAGUGCGAAUAUCAAGGGAAUGAAGAAAUACAACGAGGAUGAGGACGAGUACAGAACACUUCACGAAGGCGUCUGGAUCGAUUAG